AUGUCUGGACGCGGCAAGGGCAAGACCUCCGGCAAGAAGGCCGUGAGCAAGAGCUCCAAGGCGGGCCUGCAGUUCCCCGUGGGCCGCAUCGCCCGCUACCUGAAGAAGGGCCGGUAUGCCGAGCGCAUCGGUGCCGGCGCCCCCGUGUACCUGGCUGCCGUGCUGGAGUACCUGGCGGCCGAGGUGCUAGAGCUGGCCGGCAACGCUGCCCGCGACAACAAGAAGACCCGCAUCAUUCCUCGCCACAUCCAGCUGGCGGUGCGCAAUGACGAGGAGCUGAGCAAGCUGCUGGCUGGCGUGACCAUUGCCGAGGGCGGCGUGCUGCCCAACAUCCACUCUGUCCUGCUGCCCAAGAAGAGCGGCAAGAAGGGCGCCUCUGUCUCUCAGGAGUUUUAG